UUCAUCGCUGCCAUUUGUACCCAGCCAUGGGCACCAUCGGCAUCCCUACGAAGCUCCUCCACGAGUCACUGGGCCACAUCGUCACGCUCGAGCUCAAGGGUGGCCAGUCGUACCGAGGCAAGCUCUUUGACGCAGAGGACAACCUCAACUGCUCCCUCAAGGAGGUCCUUCUCACUGCUCGUGAUGGCAAACAGUCUCAUCUGGACUCGGUCUACAUCAGGGGCAGCAUGAUUCGAUUUAUUGUGGUUCCUGAUAUGCUGCAGCAGGCGCCUAUGUUCAAGAGAGUUGGACCGAAUGCGAUGAAGGGGAGAGGCAUUGGAGCUGCUAGAGGAAGGGCGACGAUCAUGCGAGCACAAUCGCGUCGUGGCAGAGGAGGACCGCCCCGAGGGGCACCGUUUAGAGGAGGGAUGUAAUGACGCGAUGGAGAGCAAAGCAACGGCAACCAUUACGCACGACAUCGACUCGGUGGAUCAUCAGAAGCGGUACAAGGCAUGCAUUAUCGGCUCAAUGUAACACGACUCACUUUCGCUACGUACGGACUUCAUUGCCUUCGCGCUGCGCCC